AUGGGUGAAGGUAAAGAUGUCGCAAGGGAUUACUUCCAACGUAUAUCCGUGGCAGACCGCACAGCUGUCUGUUUGCUGGAUGCAAAAGAAGACGACCUUUACACAGAAUCAACUUGGGGGCCGAACUGUAUAUAUGUAGCCGGUGGUAUAGCCGCAUACGCCGUUGAUUCCUCAGGAGAUACGCUGGCACUGGCGUUAUGCAGUGGGUUGCUUACGUUCUAUGGGAUCACAAGUCGGGGACGGAGUAUAUCGCUUGAACGUGGGCAGGAGAUAAAGACUAAUACGAAAAAUGUAACCCAGAUGUGUUUCGAUUCUUCAGGCGAAUACCUUGCCUGCGGUACUGUGGAUGGAACUGUCGCUGUGUUUCAUAAAGGUGCUCAUCUCAAAGCGUUUCAUCAUCAGGAAGGACAGAUCAGUGUGCUAAGGUUCUAUCCUAAGAGCUUGCGACUGCUAGCGGGAUCGCAGAACGGGGAGAUCGUGAUGUACUGCCUAAACAAGAAGGUACCCAUUGCCACGUUCCAAGACCAUCUAAGCUAUGUACAAGACAUAGCAUUCUUGAUAUCGGAAGAUGACACGCAAGCAGGGUUUGUAUCUUGCGCCAGAGAUUCAUACAUCUGUUUCUGGUCAUUGGACUUGAAGAAAAAGGAUGUCAAGGAAGCUACAAAAUCGGGAAAUCUAUUGGUUAAAAAACCAUUCAAAAGGAUUACGCAAUUUGAAAGCGUCCUAGCUGUUAGUGUCGUCAACCAAGGGUUACGACACAAAGGUACGGCGCCCUGGGCGUUAUUCAUUGCCACCGAAUCUGGAACAUUGAGUUUUAUAGAUCCGAUCACGGAGAAAGUCAUCAUGCAACGAACGAUAGUAUAUGGCCAAGGAGAUGAGCUGAAACAUGUUACAGUGUCAAAGAAUUCAAAUGAGAUAGUAGUGCUCGGUGCGAGCGGUAGUCUCUGUUUUUAUUCACUAGAUUUGGAACUCAAACACCAGCUGCUAGGGAAUAUAGACGGGGCAUACCAAAUAUUGUUUUUCCAAGGUACACAUACAAUAGAUAUCAGCGAGUUCUUGGAAAGAGAGUCCGAUCGUUGUCUGGUUGGACAAUCGUCCACAUUGGUCGCACACUCCCAGACCAAAGCUACUGCAAAAAAGGUCGCUACACAACAAAGCUCCAAAACAUCUAAGAAGGGUUCUACCAAACGAACAAGGAAAGAUGACGACGCUAUGGAUGUGGAUGGAUCUGAUGAUGGCAAUGUAAACGUUGCUCCAUCGUCCUAUUCAAAUCCCGGCAGUCAUGCUGAAGACACUAACCACUCCGCUGUAUUCAACCACAAACGUGACUGGUUACAUUCGAUGGAAUGGUUGAAUCAACAGAUAACAAAGGGGAUCCCUGUGAUAUUUAUACUAUGUGGUGACGACGUCAUUCGGAUGCUUGCUCUAGAUGGCUGGGGGAGUUGUAUAUCCUUAGGUCUUGCCAACGAAAAGCAUCGACACGAGGAUACAGUACUCUCUAUAGCUUACUCACAUACGGGAAAUAUACUUGCUUCUGGUGGAAAGGAUGAACAGGUGUUAAUAUGGGACCUGAAAACUCUAACUGUGGUGACAAAGGUAAUACUGGAUGGCCUUAACGUCGCCUGCAUUGCGUUUCCUGGGGGCAUAAGCGCGGCCAGUGCACAUUUCCGGAUGUUGGCCACUGGUAAUAAUGUAUUGAAGUCUUUCGAUAUACCCACUACGUGGGUUGCUUCAACUAAGACAUUAUCAGCGGCAGCUGCAUAUAAACCUCAAACUAUUACAAAUGGAACGGCGACCGCUGUUAGACACAAGAAACCCAUAAAUGCCAUCGCAUUCUCACCGAAUAAAAAGAUUAUCGCCUCUGCCGGUAGUGACAAGAUCAUUGUGAUAUACGCAGCAGAAAACCUCAUCGUGAAGGGCGAAUGCAUUGGUCACAGAAGGUCUGUGGUAUCUGUUGCAUUCACUAGUGUCAACAAGACCGUUGUCAGCGCAUCGGUCGACAUGACUAUUAAGAUUUGGAACCUUAACGACUUCAGUUGUGUGAAGACUUUGCAGGGACACACGAAGGCGGUAAUGAGAGUGGUGGUGUUACACAACGAUCUGCAACUACUAUCUGUUGGUAUGGAUGGUCUGGUAAAACUUUGGAAUAUCAAAACCUCCGACUGUAUUUUCACCGCAGAUAACCAUUCAGAUAAGGUGUGGAACGCCGAACUGUUCGGACAGAAUCUAUUGACGGUUUCUGGCAAUGGAGUUCUUAUAUGGUGGGAUGACAUUUCCGCUGAACUUCAGGCGAAGAAGAUGCUGGAGGAACGUGAUGAGGAACUGAAACAAACACAGAUGGAGAGCCUGGAUGCUGAUGGUAGGCACAGUGAAGCUUUGUGUCUUUCUAUGGAGCUGCGAAAACCGAGCAUGGCCAGCAAGAUUUUGAAUCGCCGUUGUGCCACACAGCUCUUCCGUGUUGAGAAGGAGGGUAUGAUACGGGAUGACAUGUUCAAGUCCUGGGUGUCACACAUGAAAAAGCUACCAGAUAUUAAAACGAAGUUAACAAUUGCCUUGGAUUUCGUGCAGCUGUGGAUAUCACGGGCCUCAACCAGCUGGAUGGGAAACUGUCUGCUAGCCGAACUCAUCGCACAAUUUACUCCUGCCGAACUUUUCGUUGUUGAAGGUAUGGCUAAUAGAAUUGACAGCAUUCUUUCACACCAAUCAUCCCACCUAACACGCUUCUUAAACCUUUCUGAGAAAUCGCAUCUACUGGAUGUUCUUCUGGGUUACAACAAGUUGGAAGGUACGAAGCCAACCGGUCAAUCUCUGACAUACGAAGUUUUGUACAAAUAA